GCCGAAAACGAGAAGGAGCAGCAAAUUACACUGCGCGACCAAGAGAUCUCCGCUCUCAAAGAAGAGCUCGAGGUGCUGCGUGCGGACGGAGAGGAAAAGGACGGCGCGAAGGCAGCGCUGGCGCUCGAACUCGAGGCGUUGCGCUGGGAGAUGCAGAGCUCCAAGGACGCCUCGGCGGAGUUGGACUCCCAAGUGCGCCAGCUGGAGACUCUGCAGAAGCGCUUGGAUUACGAAUGGAGUGCUGAGCGAGAGGAGAUGGCCCGCAGCCGCGAUGCGGCGGAGGCGCAAGCCGAGUCAAUGCAGAGGUCUCUCGACGAAGCACUGGAGAAAGGUGAGGAGCUGGAGAAGAAGUGUGGGGCGCCGGAGUCAAGUCAGACUAUGUCUUGACCGAGCAGAGAAGCUGGAGCAGAUGAGGAAGAUCAUGGAUGAGCAAGAGCUCGAAAUGAGCCAGAAGAUCGAGCGUGUACAGCAGUAUGUGAAGGAGAGGCAGACCACUGCCAUCAUGGCAGAAAAGAAGCAGCAGGAUGCAGAGAAGAUGGCCGAGCGAUGGCAGAAUGAGGUUCGUCGCUGCCAGGCAGAGAAGGAACGCCUGGCCGCAGCUGUCCUCGACAUGGAAGGCCGGCAAAGCGGGCAGGCCCAGCAGAUGCAGGGGGCCGUGGACCAACACCGCCGCCAGGUCACCGCCCUCGAGGAUGCACUGCGCAGGAAGGAGGACCAGAUGAGAGAGCAGAAUUUGGAGCUGUUGUCGCGUCGAGACGAGGAGUACCAAGCAAAGGUGGCCCUCGAGAAGCAGCGUGAGAAGGAGCGCUCCAUAGCCUUGCUGAAGAAGAAGGAGCAGGAGGUGCAUAUCAAGGAUCAGCAGCUGCGGGCAGCGAAACAGCGGAUUCAGGAGCUCUUGGCAUCUUCCCACUUCCAUGCUCCCGAAGUGGGACAUCCGGAGUCAGAACGGGAAUACACAUGCGACGAAGUUCAAGAAUAG